CAACGGGUUGUCAUAAACCACGACGAGGUCCAUUUCCAUGGCGAUUGCGCGUAUAGCUGAAACCUAGGCGGAAGCCGCCGUUUAUACCGCAACCAUGGAACCGCGGCAGCUCCUCGCGGGCUUGACGGCCGCCGCGACGCUGCCGACCGGCACACCCGUGGUCGGUCGCAGCUGUGGCGGGCUGAAUCUCCCCAUGGGAGGUGUCCUCUCCAUGCCGAAUGGCGAGUUUGUCACCCUCACAGCAGCAGCCGCUUUCAAGCCCGUUUGCACGCCCGUCACACCUCCCGCCAUCAUUGCGAAUGGCGGAGGCGGCUCCGUGUCGAUCGACGACACGGUCGAGGGAUCAAUGCCGACCGACGAUGGAUGGACCUUCUCGGACUUCCGGGAUCCCUUUUACGCCUCGACAUUUCCCCAGUGCUACGCUCUCGCUGCAACUACCGUGGUCGCAUACACGCUGGUCAUCAUGCUUUUCGCUACACCGCGAUCGUUUCUGGAUGGUGGAGUCGUUGUCUUGGGCCAGAGGGGAUUCACAAACAGGGGGUCCGGUCCGACCAUCGGCGGACGGCCCUGGUUGCAAAAGGUUGCGGCCCUCGCAGUCGCCAUAUCCCUCACCAUCGCCAGCGCCGCCACAUUCCAGGCCGCCGAAGAACAAUACUCGUACGGCGUGCAGAACGCGAGACGGCUACAGACGGAUGUGCUCGGCGGCAACGAGCUAAAGAUCAUUCGCAUCAUCUCGAACACCUUCCUCUGGCUUGCCCAGGCCCAGACGCUCAUCCGUCUUUUCCCACGCCAACGAGAAAAGGUCAUCAUCAAGUGGACCGCCUUCGCCCUCAUCACGUUGGAUGUCAUUUUUCAGUCUCUCAACAGCUUUAAAUACGAACAAGGAGUGGCUCGGCCCGGCUCCUUCCAGGAUGCUGUCCCCGCUCUCAGCUAUCUUUUUGCCCUCUCGCUGGGUGUUCUAUACGCCGCCUGGGUAAUUUAUUAUUCCCUCUUAAAGAAGCGGUAUGCCUUUUGGCACCCGCAAAUGAAGAACAUGCUGCUAGUAGCCGUGUUAUCGCUUAUGUCAAUUCUUAUACCCGUUGUGUUUUUCAUCUUGGAUAUCGUCCAACCCGAUUUUACCGGAUGGGGAGAAUACGUCCGAUGGGUAGGUGCCGCGGCCGCCAGCGUCAUCGUGUGGGAGUGGGUGGAAAGGAUCGAAGCCCUGGAGCGAGAGGAGAAGAAAGACGGGAUACUUGGCAGGGAAGUGUUCGAUGGAGAUGAGAUGCUCGAGAUGGCUCGCUCAAACAACGGACUCAGGCGGAGACGAAAAGAGGCCGAGGAGGGGGAUAAAGAGUCUAGCUUCGACAGCGGGAGGGAUGACAGCCCAGACGCAGGACAAGGCAAUAAUAGGUGGCCGACCGUUACAGCAAUCGCGGCUAGAUACCGACCACGGCCCAAGCCCCAGAGGACGACGAACCCCGCCGAAUCCCCGGAUACGCAACCCUCCAACCACGACAGGAUACGCUUCCUGCAGCCACCACUAUGGCCCGCCAGGCCACAACCGGCUGUCACACCGAUCAGCCGCACCGACACCUCUAGCGCGGCGAGCACAGUUUAUGCUGUGAGGUACCAUCCACUAACCGAAACGACAUCGCGCACCCCACCUCCUCCGCAGAGUAACGCGCAACUGUCACGAAGGGACAGCAUAGCCUCCAGCCACGCCAGUGACGAUGAUGGGGCGCCGAGCGAAGCUGGCGAUGCCCCUACACAGCCGGCCCAAGCUGCACCGGCACCAUCAUCAACGGCAACAUCAGCCAACCGCUGGCGCUCGAUAACGCAGCGAAUACCGUUCCAAAGCCCACGCAACACCGACGUGGAGCGCGCCAUCCCGGCAACCCAGGAUCAUGCCCCACGGCCAAAACCCAGCAGCAGCAGCAACAACAGCAAUAAAUGGGACUUCCGCGGCCGUCUUGAGGACUUCGCCGCCACGCAAGCAGACCGCCUGCGCGACAAAUUCUGGACCACACCGGACACCGACAGCCUGCCGGUGACGGUCAUCCCGGCCCCGCCCCGCCGGGGUGCCGCGCUUGCGCAGCUGCUGGAGGAAGAGGAGCUGGACACUCGAGGGGGCGGCGCGACCGACCAUCCGAUACGCCGAGAGGAUAGCAACGUAUCGAGGGCAGCGCCAGCGGAAGACGAGACGUUUGCCGGGGGCGGGUCUGCCAUCGCAAGCCCAAGGGCGCAGCAGCAGCAGCAGCCGCCGCCUUGGCAGGGCGCCGUGCGGCGCGAGUCUGGGUCGUUUUCGGCCCGCCCGCGCCUGUCGAUCCCCCGAGCCGGCACCCCGCUGUCGCCCGGCCUCGACAGAUCGCCGUCUGCCCAUCCGGCGUCGGCCGUUACCCCUGGCUCGGCGGGCCCUCCUCCUCCGCAGUCGGGUUUUGGUCCCGGGCCGGACUACGGUCCGCCAUCGGCAUGAUUCCGUGUUUUCCAUGUUUUUUUCCUCUGGAUAUCGUGUGCUGUUAUGGAUGAGCAUUUACGAGCAAGCUAUGCGAUAGCGAGCACUGCUUUUGGUUAUUAUUAUUUACGUUUGAAGGGUGUGUCGACGCGGGAUACGUUGGGUUCAAACAAAAUGGUGGGGCGCGGGCCAUAGGAAUGAUAGGUAUGGGGUAUGGGUAUGGGUAUCUUUUUGAAGGGGGUCAUGGAGUUUAUGGGUUGGGGAUUGGGGAUACCAGGAUCUGGAGUUCGAUUUGAACCGGACGGAGCAACGUUUCCAAUUUUUUCUUCUACGAUGCUAUAAUUGAGCUGUUAU